CUCUCUGCAAAUUUUCUUGGAGGAAAAGUAAUUUUUUCUUAGCUUACACAUCUCAAACAUGUCUUGCUACAAGGGGAAGUACCAUGAUGAACUCAUUGCCAAUGCUGCCUUCCUUGCCACACCUGGAAAGGGUAUCCUCGCAGCUGAUGAGUCCACUAUGACUGUUGGCAAGCGUCUAGCAAGCGUCAAUGUCGAGAACACCGAGCCUAACAGGCAGGCACUACGUGAACUUUACUUAUGCUGUCCUGGUGCUCUCCAAUAUCUAAGUGGUACAAUCCUCUACGACGAGGGUGUUUUCCAGAAAACCGCCGAUGGUAAGCCUUUCGUCGAAGUCUUGAAGGAAGCAGGAGUUCUUCCUGGCGUUAAGUCUGACAAGGGAUAUGUUGAACUCUAUGGCACCAAUGGUGAGACCACCACAACUGGGCUUGAUGGACUUGCUCAGCGCUGCCAAAAGUAUUAUGAAGUCGGUGUCCGGUUUGCUAAAUGGCGUGGUGUGUUCAAUAUUGGUCCUAAUGAACCUUCUCCACUAGCCAUCCAUGAGAAUGCCAAUACCUUGGCACGCUCUGCCAUUAUCUGCCAAGAGAAUGGCCUGGUUCCAGUUGUUGAGGCAGAUAUCCAAGUCGUCGAGGGUGCUCAUGACAUUGACAUGUGUGCGGAUGUAACUGAACGUGUUCUUGCAGCGGUCUACAAGGCACUGAAUGAUCACCAUGUCCUGCUAGAGGGUAGUCUGUUGAAGCCCAACAUGGUGAUCCCUGGAAAAAAGGCCAAGAAGGCAUCUCCAGAGUUGGUGGCAGAGUACACAGUGCGGGCCUUGCAGCGAACAGUGCCUCCUGCAGUUCCUGGUGUGAUGUUCUUGUCUGGUGGAAUGAGUGAGGAGGAGGCGUCUCUGUACCUCAAUGCCAUGAAUAAGCUUGAGGGUAAGAAACCAUGGACUCUAUCAUUCUCCUUUGGACGUGGUCUGCAGCACGGUGCACUGAUGAUAUGGAAAGGGAAAAAAGAGAAUGUCGAAGAAGCACGGGCUUGCUUCCUGAAGAGGUGCAAGGCAAACUCAGAAGCUACCCUUGGUACCUACAAGGGUGAAUCUGCCUAAUGGAGAAGGUGUAUCUGAGACUCUCCAUGUCAAGGACUACCUAGUA